CCAAUAUCCGACGCACAGAGUAGAAAUAGUAUACGCUUUCCUCGCAUGUAUCACAGUGCAAGACAGUCUUUUCAAUGUUGAGGCCCAUGCUGAGGUUAUCAGGCAUAACCUGGCUUAGCCAAUGCAUAACCAGUGCUGUUGUAACAUACGUCGUCCGGGUUAUCUAUAGAACACACAGGACAGACCGGCUUCGGCGUCACAGAUCAAGAGGGACUCGGAGCCAGAGCACCAUGGAUGAACGGUCACAACCACUAUCGGCCCGGCUGGUUAUGCCGCUAGCGGAUUUGUCCAACUCCACACUACUGACUGUGUCUGUGAUGUCACCAGCAUACCCCGUCCCUGAACACUACAUCAUCCUGGCUAUCGGUCACAUCCUUCUGACACUGUGGAUCUGCUUCUCCAACAUCUCCACCAUCAUCACCAUCGGGAUGGACUCUCAUCUCAGGACAGUCCCCAAGAACCUGCUCAUCAUCAACUCAGCAGCAACAGAACUCAUCGUCGGCCUCUUCUGUUGUCCGUUGUAUACAGACAGUCUUCUCCACGGAACUUGGAGGAACUCCCGAGGAGCUUGCAUCACCUAUGAGCUUGUAUUCUACAUCCAAGUCUGCAUUUCCGUCUUGUCAGUCCUCGUCAUUAAUGUCGAGCGAUUCUACUAUCUCUUGUCUCCCCGUAUGAUGGAUGGUUCUGGGAAGGGUAUCCUCACCUCAGUUCUCAUCCUUCUUCCUUGGGUUAUUGGCGUAAGUCUUGUAACUCCAAUGUACUCUGAAGGAAUCGCCAUGAACAACCUCCAGACUACAGACGCUGGGCACUGUGUCAUUCUCUGGAAAUGGAAAUUCCAGAUAGUCACCUGCUUUGCCAGUUUCUUUGCCCCUUCAUUUCUGGUGAUAUCAGUGAUGACAACAGUCGUCAUUGUCUACGUCAUCUUUGGGAUUCUGGCCAAGAGAGGAAACAGGGAAGUGGACACUGUGGAGAAGCCUUGCAGAGAGUCUCUACACACGGUCCUUCUGGCCAGUUUUGUGUGUGUGGGUAUGCUGUUCCCAGUCUUCUUCUGUCUCCUGAUGUACCUGUUCUGCAACCCCAACAACUCGUCCUGUAUCAGGUCGGACACUGUGUGGGGGAUCACCAUGUAUCUUGCGAUGAUCAAAUCUGGGGCGAUGCCUCUAGUGUGGCUUGUUUCAACUGAUAUCCGUCAUGCAGUGUUAUCAAUGUGGAACAGGAACAGGUGUACACCCAGACAGACCUUGCAGAGAUCCUACAGCUAUUCAUUAUCACUUGCUUCAUCUUCACCAAACACAGUUACUAGCUUCUAAACCUUGGAUCACAAAUGUCACGACAGACUUCUAGUCAUGGAUGGAAGUCAGAUGAACUUGUUUACAUUAGGUGAUUAGAUACAGAUACACCUGCCAUAAUAUACUGCUAUUUUCAUGACUAUAAAGGAAAAUGGAGGUACAAGUUUCUAAUAUUGUGAGAAUGCAUGUCAUAUGAGAUUUUUAUCAUUCACUUUGUCUUUUUGAAAGAAUAAACCUGAAGAUGA